AUGCCCCUUCUUCAUUCACAGCCGAUCCAUAUUGGCGAUUCAUCAUUUGUGCACUGCGAUUCUCUUGCAAACCUUGUCAUUCCAAAAGGGUCCAUUUUCGAUCCAGACGCUUUCUACCCUUUUGGAGGUUGCACACUUUUUGAAGAUCGCUUUGGUAAAGAUUCGGAAAGCAUUAUCGCAGGAUUAAUGUCCCGGUUCGACGACUUUCCACUUCACAAGCGUUGUUACGACCAUUCCUCGACCACUGCUCAGGAGCUCCUGUUACUUUUGAUCGAAGACCAAGGUGCUAUGGAAGCAUCAUCCCUGGUAGAUGACUUUGGAAUGACACCACUUCACGUCUUCUUUUCUUCGACUAUUGACCCAAGACAAGACUUGCUCCAAGUCCUUCUGGAAAAGCUGCCAUGCUGUAUUCUAGACUUGAAGGACGCCAAUGACAAACGACCGCUGGACUACCUGAUGGCCAACUGGACUGAGGAAAACAAGAUACUAUUGCAAAUGACACUGCAAAAGUGGAUGUUGGAUCCAUUUGAUCGUUGGGGGAUUGCAUCCUGA